UCGGUGGCAUCCCUUUCCCUUUGCCGAAUCUAUCUUUCUCGGCCCUCCUACUGGCUCUCCUCUCUUCCAGAUAUUUCUCUUCCUUGCAUCCAUUCCCACCCACUUCCCCUUCUCGCCUCCGGGCCUCCUCACGCCCAAUUCUCGAGGGCGAUCGGAUUCGCGGAGGGUUUUGAUCCGAGAGUAUUGCGUGCCGUGCGGGAUUCGUCGCUGCUUUCCUGGAAAGAUUGGACUUUGGCAGCUGAGUUGUUCUCCCGGAGGUGUAUUCCGUGGAUUUCGUUUCGAUUUCGGCCAAAGGAUAGGAUUUUCUAUGGGGGACCACUGUAAGAGCUUUUGCUGUUGCAAUCUUGUGCCAUGGGGGAUCGGAGGUUUGGAGUUUUAUUACCCCUUGGCUUUAGGUUGAAGUCGGGAGGAUUUUCUUCAGAUUUGGCCUCGAUUUCGGCGAAAAGUUUGGAUUUUCCUACCUGGGGUCUGUGUAAGAAUGUCCAACCUCCGGUUUUUGUCGUGAUUCUUUGACUGUCGGUGAUGAAGGUUUGGAAAUCCUUUUUUUUUCUGUUCCGCCUAAGUGUGAAGUCGGAAGGACUUUCUUCAGAGUUCGGUGAAAAAUUGGGUUUUCUACCUGGGAUUCACUGUGAAAGUGUUCGACUUCUGGUGUGAUUUUUCUAUCUGGGAUUCACUGUGCUACCGGUGAUAAGAGUUUGGAAGAAACCCCUUUUCUCAGUUGUGACGAUCGGAGUUUGAGGUUAUUUUGGGUUCAGCUGUUGUCGAUGGGAGUUGGGAAGUAUCUCUUCGAGUUUCGUCCGAUUUUAGGGUUUUCUGAUGCGAUCUUGUGGUAAGUCGGUGAAUGUGAGAGAGAUGAAAGGGGGAAAUCCGGACGAUAAGAACAUGGGCCCUCUGUUCCCAAGGCUCCAUGUGAAGGAUACAGAUAAAGGAGGUCCCAGAGCACCUCCGAGGAACAAGAUGGCACUUUACGAGCGGCUCAGCAUACCUUCACAGAGGUUCAAUUCAACAGCUUCUGCACUGCCUCCUUGUCCUCGCAAUGCCAGGACCUUGGUGUCUUCGGCUUCUUUGAGUCAGGGGUGUGGGCAAGAGAGGAGUGUUUACUCUCCAUUCUACAUGCCUGCUCAUACACCUGUUCAUUCAUCUGAGAGAGUUAACUCCCAUUCCUCUGAUGGAAUGAAUCUCAAUGCCACAAGGAUGGAAUUUGAGCAAAGAUCCAUAAAGAAUAUGAGUAACAGAACUUUGAAUGCUACAGGACCAGUUGCUGAAUGUAGUUCACUACAUCAACAGGACACCAAGGCAAAGAAUUCUUCUGAGAAGUUGGAUGACGAGGAUGAUUUUAGGGUUCCUACCUUUGUUCGGUCCGGAAUUGGUGAUAUUGAUGCGCCUGCAAUGGGGCCAGAAAAAUUAACUCACUUUUCCAAGAGUCCACAGAAGAACACCUCUACUACAUUCAAUUCUUCACUUCAACACCCAAAUGCUAAUAAUGAGCCCCUGGAACAAAGCCAUACUUCGAGAAAUUUUGAUAGAAACCGUGGUGAUAAAAAGCCUAAAGAAACUUUAGAGAUCAAAGAACUCAAGGAAAGGUCUGUACCUCACCAGGCAUCGGGAGAGCCAUCAAACAUUGCCAAAGUGCCUUCAGAUAGACAUCACACUAAUAAUAUAAAUGUUUUUGACAAGUCACUCCAUGCAAGAACAGGAUUUUGUCAAGAAUCUUGUGGGAAUGGUGUUAUAGAUGGACCGAGGAGCUUGAAUGACAUCAACUCAGUAGAAAAUUGGGAUGCUUCAAUGGCAAGAAAUGAAUCAGCGCCCAAACCAUCACUUGGGAACAGCUGUAGGACUUCAAGUAUGGCUGACAAGUGCAAUGUAAAAGGCUGUGAUAAUGAAAAUGACACAUUGGAAAUGAGAGAUGGAGAGAACAACGAUGAAGCAUCUGAAGCUUCGAUGGUGGACUCUAUUUCGGGCUUGGAGAUAUCUCCAUAUGAUGUUGUUGGAGUAAUUGGUCCAAAGCACUUCUGGAAAGCGAGAAGUGCUAUUGUCAAUCAACAGAGAGUUUUUGCAGUACAAGUUUUUGAGUUGCAUAGAUUAAUAAAGGUUCAAAAGUUGAUUGCAGGAUCACCACAUCUGCUUCUUGAAGGCAAUCCUUACUUAAACAAAUCUUCAGUGGAAGUACCAAGUAAGAAUCUGCCACCUCAAGGAAACAGAAAGUCUCAACUGCAGGCUGUUAAACUCAAAGUUGGCUCCCAGAAACCAAACCAAAAUGCAGAGUGUCUGCUAGAGAACCCUGGAGGAGCUCCACCUCUUCCAUCUCAUGAAGAUAGAGUUAACCGAGGUCCUCAUGAUCAGGUUCCAAGAAAUGGACCGUACUCUGGGCCCUCCCCACCUAUGUCCAUGGCUCCUGAGAACAAACCAAGUGCCUGGUGUUUCCAUCCGCCUUCAAACCAAUGGUUGGUCCCUGUUAUGUCACCUUCAGAAGGACUUGUUUAUAAGCCUUAUACCGGACCUUGCCCUCCAACUGGUGGUUUCAUGGCCCCUGUAUAUGGAAGCUGCACGCCUUUGAGUCUACCACCGGUAGCUGGAGAUUUCUUGAACCCAGCUUAUGGUGUUCCAGCAUCUCAUCAGCCUCAAAAUAUGGGUGUUCUCUCCGGAGCUCCUGCUAUUGCUCCAAACUACUUUCCGACUCCUUACGGCCUUCCUGUUGCGAACCCGGAUAUUUCAUCCUCAGCUGACAAACAAGUAAGCCCACUGCCUGGCUCAAAGCCUAAUGUCCAAAUUGACCGGCAGUCGUGGAGCUCAAAUGACAUGCUACAUCCAAAGAGUGAAGCAUUUUCAGGCUGUCUUUUGAGGUUUCAGGCGUCUAAAGACAGUGAGUUACAAGGGAGUACAGCAAGCAGUCCUUGUGAGAAAGAACAAGAAGGAACAGAUGCAUUACCCCUCUUUCAUAUGGCCCCAGCGACAGACGGUCCAACUCGACCCUCACAGUUCAGGGGCAGGGGCAAUCAGGCUCGUGUGAUUAAGGUUGUGCCUCACAAUGCCAGAUCCGCAACAGAAACAGCAGCACGUAUUUUCAAGUCUAUACAGGAAGAGAGACAGCAACAUGAAUUGUAAUUGGUAUAUAUCUCCUGGUGUGCGCUUCCCAAGCUUUACGUGGAUGUAGCUGUGGGCACAACUGAUGUCAUCUUGGUGCCUGAUGAUGUUCCCUGGCCAUGGUUCGGUAUUUGGUAUAAUAUAAAUAGGUUUCUAGUGUCUGAUCUGAAGUUGUUUACAUGUAAAUAUGAUCUUCUGACAUCUACAAAAAAUCAACGUUUUGUGGCUUUUCUUCUCCAGUUGUUGUGCUGAGCAGAAUUCUGUAUGAUAUUGUUUUGGAGAAUCGAUUUUAAAUACAAGCUUUGGUUUGUAAGAGUGUACA